CGUUUUAGUUUUACUGUAAGAGCUUUCUAACCAGCGAACACUUUCAAAGAAAGAUAUGCCAAAUUGAAGGAAAAGGCACAACAGCUUUUAAAUCACAAUGGUCUCUUCGGUUUUAUCCAUCAUCUCUCCACAAACUUGGCUACCUUCACGAUUACCCAUCUCUGAUUCUUUUGUUUACAAAUCGAGACUCGUGUAUUGUUGUUCAACGAGUAUCCGAGGAAGCUCCGUCAAGAGACAAUCGACGGCCAGAAGUCGUAGUUUCACUGAGACAAAUCGUCGAACACCUUCCGUGCAAUCCAAACAUGAAUUCUGGGAAGACCCAGAUGAUGGUAGCGACAGUGAUAACGAAGAAGAAGAAGACGAAGAUGGUGUUGGCAACGAUUUAGAUUACGAGAGUGAUUGGGAAGAUGACUCGAGAGCCCAGAAGCUUACUGCUACAGACAACUACGCGGAAGAGCUUGCAAGAGAGGUUGAACAACUUCUUGAACCUGAGGAGAGAGCAAUUCUGCAGCAAAAUGAUAAACCAAAUCUCAAGAUGAUAUCAACAAAGAGUUGGAAGCCACUUCAGACACUUGCUCUGUCAAUGCAGAUUCAAUUAAUGGAUAACCUCAUUGAAAAUGGACUAGACAUUGAUGAUGUUGACAAGGAUAACCAAACCGCUCUUCAUAAAGCAAUCAUUGGUAAAAAAGAAGCAGUGAUUAGUCAUCUUUUGAGAAAAGGAGCGAAUCCACAUCUUCAAGAUCGGGACGGUGCAGCUCCGAUUCAUUAUGCAGUUCAAGUUGGAGCCUUGCAGACUGUAAAACUACUGAUCAAGUACAAUGUAGAUGUCAAUGUUGCAGAUAAUGAAGGAUGGACUCCUUUACACAUCGCUGUACAAAGCCGGAAUAGAGACAUUACAAAGAUCCUGUUGACCAAUGGUGCUGAUAAAACAAGACGAACAAAGGAUGGGAAAUUAGCUUUGGACUUGGCUCUGUGCUUUGGAAGAGAUUUCAAGUCAUAUGAUCUUGUCAAGCUAUUGAAGAUUAUGCCCACCGGAGAUAUAUAGAAAGAAUUGGUGACAUUUUGAAUUAUCAUCAGGUUGAGAUUUGCUAAACUGCCUGCAUUUUGCCAUUGCUUGUAAUCUAAACCCGUAUAUGUGGUCUAGUUUACCUAAUAGUCUGCCUUCACAGUA